AUGGCUCCUGCUGCGAACUCUUCCACCUUCGACCUCAUUGACGAGUACUACAAAGAACGAACUAGUGGCGUUGAAUUUAUCCGAUCACAAAGCGACAGUACAGAACUCGAAGAACCUAUCAAGGAUCUCAACGUUGACGACGACGAAAAGAAUAAGCACGAGAAAGCGUUUCUGUACACGGGCGGCAAGGAAAUGCCCGUCCACCCAGCUGAGGAGAAUGCUACUGGCAGCAUCACCGACCAGGUAGCCAAGGACUCGUCGAGCUCCAACGCGUCGUCGCACCCCAUGCACGAUGUCGACACAGGAACCACAUCUGGCGGCUCUCAGCACGCAAACGCACACAAGGCGAACCCGGUAUGGCCCUCUGUCACGGAUGCUAUGCGUGGAAUGAUGAGUACUGACGGACGCAAGGGUCCCGUUCAUGCGGACAACCUGCCCACGCCAGCGAACAAGGAGGAGCUGAAGAAGAGGGCUGAGGAGCUGAACAAAUAG